UGCCCUGGAGACUUCCCUUCACACGCCAGAAACUCCUCAGCUUCCUUCCGGAGUGUGGGCAUAGGGGUCCGAGGAGAUGAUUGACAGACGGAGAGGCGGAAUGUGCAGAGGGAUGCUGGGAAGCUUUUCAACUGACUCGAGGGGAGUUGGAACCGGAGCCCUGGAAGAGUGAAGGAGCAUCCUGAGCUCUGAUGUUAAUCAUCUUGAAGCUCGUCUUGUGAAACCCCUGACAGAGACGAGGCUGGGAAAGCUGGAGGAGCUUCACCGGGGACUCACUGGGGCUGCUUUGCUGCCUCCACGGGGAGCCUGGAGUGCCCGGGAUGGCCUUGGAGAGGGACAGACUCGCAGCCCAGGAGGUGGUGACCUUCAAGGAUGUGGCUGUGGACUUCACUAGGGAGGAGUGGCGCCUCUUGUCCCCUCCCCAGAAGGAGCUGUACAAGGAGGUGAUGCUGGAGAAUGCCCAGAACCUGCUCUCUGUGGGUCUUCUAGCUCCCCCAGCAUAUGUCCUCUCUUAUUUGGAGCAGAGGGAAGCCCCAUGGAUGGUGGAGCAAAAAGGCCUGAGGAACUGCUGCCCAGAAGGAGAGAUUAGACCUGAAAUGAAGGUGAAUCCAACAGAGGUGAGCUGUCUGGUGGAAGAAAUGGAACUACAAAGAUUCAUGCGUGGUGGUCCUGAUAGCUUUGCUACUUGGCAAUUCUGUGUUGGACCUCAAAAUUCAUCUCAUAUUGAACAUCAAAGAAUGCACCCUGAGGAAAAAUCUAGUGAAAAUAAUCAGUGUGGGAAGACUUUUAUGCACAGGGUCAGUCAUGCUGGACAUGAGAGAAUCCACACUAGUGAGGGACAUUAUGAAUACAAGCAAUGUGGAAAGACAUUCAAUGAGAGCUCCCAUCUUGCUAAACAUCAUAGAAUCCACACUGGGGAGAAACCUUAUGAAUGUGACCACUGUGGAAAGACAUUCAGUAGGAGGUCCAUUCUUACUGAACAUAAGAGAAUCCACACUGGGGAGAAACCUUAUGAAUGCAAACAGUGUGGAAAGACAUUCAGUCAGAGGUCCCAGCUUGCCGUACAUCAGAGAAUCCAUACUGGGGAGAAACCUUAUGAAUGCAACCUAUGUGGAAAGACAUUCAGUCAGAGGUCAAAACUUGGUGUUCAUCAUAGAAUCCACACUGGGGAGGAACCUUAUGAAUGCAACCAAUGUGGAAAGAGGUUCAAUAAGAGGUCCAAUCUUGCUAGACAUCAUAAAAUCCACACUGGGGAGAAAUCUUAUGAAUGCAACCUAUGUGGAAAGGCAUUCAGUAUGAGCUGCUAUCUUUCUGUACAUCAGCGAACCCACACUGGGGAGAAACCUUAUGAAUGUAAGCAGUGUGGGAAGGCAUUCAUUAUGAGCUCCUAUCUUUCUGUACAUCAGCGAACCCACACUGGAGAGAAACCUUAUGAAUGCAAGCAGUGUGGAAAAACAUUCAGUCGGAAUGCCAAUCUUGCUGUACAUCAGAAAAUUCACACUGGGGAGAAACCUUAUGAAUGUAAACAAUGUGGAAAGGUAUUUAAUAUGAGCUGCUAUCUUGCUGUACAUCAAAGAAUCCAUACUGGGGAGAAACCUUAUGAAUGUAAGCAUUGUGGAAAGGCAUUCAGGGUUAGCUCCAGUCUUGUUACACAUCAGAGAAUCCACACUGGGGAGAAACCUUAUGAAUGCAAGCAGUGUGGAAAAACAUUUAGUCGGAGUACCAAUCUUGCUGUACAUCAGAGAAUCCACACUGGGGAGAAACCUUAUGAAUGUAAGCAGUGUGGAAAGGCAUUCAGUAUGAGCUGCUAUCUCGCUGUACAUCAGAGAAUGCACACUGGUGAGAGACCUUAUGAAUGUAAGCAGUGUGGAAAGGCAUUCAGUAUGAGCUGCUAUCUUGCUGUACAUCAGAGAAUCCACACUGGGGAGAAACCUUAUGAAUGCAAGCAGUGUAGAAAAACAUUUAGGCUUAGCUCCAGUCUUGCUAAACAUCAGAGAAUCCACAUUGGGGAGAAACCUUAUGAAUGUAAGCAGUGUGGAAAGGCAUUCAGUAUGAACUCCUAUCUUUAUGUACAUCAGAAAAUUCACACUGGUGAGAAACCUUAUGAAUGCAAGCAGUGUGGAAAAACAUUUAAUAGGAGGGCCAAUCUUGCUGUACAUCAGAGAACCCACACUGGGGAGAAACGUUAUGAAUGUAAGAAGUGUGGAAAAAAAUUCAGUUGCAGCUCCAGUCUUGCUACACAUCAGAGAAUCCACACUGGGGAGAAACCUUAUGAAUGUAAGCAGUGUGGAAAGGCAUUCAUGGUUAGUUCCAGUCUUGCUGCACAUCAGAGAAUCCACACUGGGGAGAAAUCUUAUGAAUGCAAACUCUGUGAAAAGACAUUCAGUCAGAGGUCCCUUCUUGCUGCACAUCAGAGAAAACACUAGGGAGGGACUUCAUGAAUAUAAACAAUAUGGAAAGACAUUCAAUGAGAACUCCAAACUUGCUUGACAGCAGAGAAUCCACCUUGGGGAGAAACUUUGUGAGUACAAACAAUAUGGAAAGGUGUUCAUUCAGAGUUACCUUCUUGCUAGACAUCUUAGAAUACACACACUGGAGAGAAAAAUUAUGAAUAGGAUGUGGAAAGACAUUCAAUGAAAAUGACAAACUUGCUAGAAAUCAGAUAAUCCACACUGUGGAGAAGCUUUAUGAAUGCUAGCAGUGUGGAAAGACAUCCAGUUGGAGCUCCAGUUUUGCCAUAUCAACUACACUGGGGAGAAAUCUUAAGAAUAAAAUCUAUAUGGGAAGAUGAUUAUAUUCAGCUCUAGCCUUACCAUGUUGUUGAGGAAAUUUUCCCUCCCCCCUUUUGGGGCAGAAUUGUGUAAUUAGAAAUUUGUUAUCCUAAGAAUUGAAUCUCAACAUCCCACUCAUUGUGUUCUUACGUGCUGACACACACAGUCUAUAAAUUUGUUGGAGCCCUUCCUCUUUUCCUGUAUGGGUAGCUGAGAACAUGAGGAUUUUGGAGCAGCUAGAAAAACUUAGUCAUGUGAUUCCGUUUUGUUUGAAAAUAAGCCAUGAAACUAUAACUGAAAUGUUAUGUAUUAAUUAAAAUCUUACAUAUUGGGGCAGCUGGGUAGCUCAGUGGAUUGAGAGCCAGUCCUAGAGACAAGAGGUCCUAGGUUCAAAUCUGACUUCAGACACUUCCCAGCUCUGUGACCCUGGGAAAGUCACUCAAUCCCCAUUGCCUAGCCCUUACCACUCUUCUGCCUUGGAACCAAUACACAGUAUUGAUUCCAAGAUGGAAGGUAAGGGUUUAAAAAAAAUCUUACAUAUUUUCAAAUAACCAUCAAACAUAUGUAUCAGGAUACAGGCAAUGAAUUUAAGAGUUUUUUUCCUCAAAUUCCAAUAACUAGGUGGGCCUCAUUUACUAUUCAUAAAGGAAUGAACUGACAAUAAUGGAAUCUGAAUAGCUAUAAAUUCAACUCCAGACUCUAAGCUUCCUUCCCCUCCCUAGUGUCAUCCUCUACCUACAUUCCAUAGGUCACUUCUCUGGGAUCUCCCAUAAUGAGGUAGAAUUCUGUAGUGAGUUUAAUGUGGAGGAAUCUCAUUUUGUAGGUGUUCUAGAGACUGGGCAAACCAAAAUGGUGUAAACCUUAAAAUUUCUCAGACUUGUGAAUGUUAAAAAAUUUCCCCAUUGGACUGGGAACAUUUCCCAUUUUGAUGUGAAAACUCCUUGCUAUGGGAGGACCUCUACUCCACCCAUACUUAAGACUGCUUUAGGGGAAAAAAACUCCUUGCUAAACAAUGAAAAUACUUUAAAAAAACCAUACUUAUAAUAAGGCAAGGAGUUCUUUGAGCCAUGCCUGUUUUUAGAAUUGAUACAAUGGGAUGCUAGGUACCUAAAAAGGUCGGGCAGGUUUUCUCCUUAAUGGGAUUAGUCAACUCAGCUGUGUUUUCUCUGGUUCAGACAUACUGAGGGGAUUAAUCGACACAGCAGCAUUUUCUCUGGUUUAGACUUACUGAGGAGAUUAGCCGACUUAGCUGGAAUUCAGAUGGGCUGUCCUUUAGGAAACAUCUAUGGUGAUUGGUAGAUGGAAGAACUUAGGGGAGGUGACAUAGGAAAAAAAACCCUAUAUAAGAAAAGGGAUCUCUUGAGCAAGGGAGCUUGGAGAUAGUUCCUUUUGGGAGAUCCUUGGAGAUAGAUUCCUUUUGGAGUGGGGCUUGAAAAUAGUUCCUUUUGGGAGGACUCAUUCUGAAACAUUCAGAUUGAGGAUGAAGCUGGUGAAAGCAGCUGAGAUGAUGCUGGCCUGGUGUCACUAGAAUCCUUGCUUGGACAGAUCUUGUGGUGAGUGAUAAAAAGCUGACUGAUUUCUCUCUUAAGACUCAGGUCUAGGCCAUAUUGACUUGAGGCCCUUUGUACUUACUCCUUUCUUACUCUUUCUCCUUUUCUUUAAUUCCUCAUUGUAUUAUUAAUUAAAUUAUCUAUAAAACCCAGUUGACUUGGGCAUAUUCAUAAUUUGGGAAUAUAUUCCCUGGCGACCACCUUAUAUUUGAUUUAAAAGCCAAGACACUGUAGUGAAACAUAUUUUCAGCGGUCAAAUUUACUCACUCUCUCAUAUCUAUCACUAAAGUUUAUCCCUCACCAAUUUUAAUUAUAACAGUUUAAGACAUCCACUCUUUUAAAAGCCACAAUGGGAAGGUGGUCUAGGGAGAUUAAUUUCUCCCCUGAAUUUCAGAAUUACUCUAGCUAAUUGAAACCAGUGCACCCAGGAACAGUUGCUAUUUAAGACAGGUAAUGCACUGCUCUUGCAUAGAGUGGGCAAUGCUUACAAAUCUACCUACUUUGUACUUUAGAGGUGUAAUCUUCCUUGCCCUCCACUCUAGGGGUAAAAUGACAGAGGCCGGGUGUUUCCAGGGAGCUGCUUUUAGGCCAAGUGACUGCGGGCAAAAAAUAAGGGUUAGGUGGCUACCAAGCUUGAGAAUCACAUAGGGGCUUGGAAAAAGGAAAGAGCAGACUGCAAAGAGUAAAAUUGGGCUUAACUUAGUUAAUUUUACCUCAGUAAUCAACAUCCUCUACUAACAAAAGACUGAGAUUAACUCUUGGGUUUUCUGGAAUUCUAAACUGGAGAUAGAAUCUUCUUGGAGUAUCUGGGUUCCUUAUCCCAGGUAAAAGAAGCCAGGAGGGUUAGAGCCUAAUUGUUGCUCACACACACACACACACACAACCUGACAUAUGAGGUCACACUAAAAAAUGGCUAUCAAACUACUGGCAAUAUGAAGGAAAGGGAUUUGUAGUUUCCAAACCUCAAGAGAGCAGCUCCAAGGACUCCUAGCUUGUCAGCAGAAGCAACAGCAAUAUCAGCAGCAACAAGAGCAGCAGCAGGAGUACCCACACAGUAAGGGAGGGAAGUAGGAUCAGCAGGAACAGGCAGCAGGAGCAACAAACAGAAAACUGAAGUUUCCUGGGGGGUGACUCAAGGCCAUGGCAGGGAAACGUGAUUUCUUUUCAAACGAAUCUAUUCAGAAUUACAGGUUCUGAACCCCACUUCUGUGGUCACCAUAAAAGUAAGAUUUAAAUUAAUAUCUAAUACCUGAAUUAUAUUUUUACAAAGUUACCAACAAAAUAGAACCUUGUGACUUAUUUGUUCUACCUCCUAAAACGUCCCCUUGUUCAUAGCUGCCCUCACAGGAAGAGAAGAGGCAGGGCUACACCGCAUUUAUAUCCUGUAUACAUCAGCAGGUAACAACAGGAAGAGAGUGGUGUGCUGAGUAUUACAGUUCUGAGGGUAACAGAAUAGCAAGCUAAAUGGAACAAUGAGGAAAGUCUCUUCAAUCUUUACAUCUUUUCCCCCGAGCAUUCUCAUAAUUUUCCUUCUUAUACUAUAAAUCAGAGAAAGUACAGACAUUCACACUGAGCUCUUAUCUUAUUCAAAAUCAGAAAAUUCACUCUACUACAUCAUAUGUUUCCCUCAGAGUAGGUCCAAAUGGGCAUAUGAUUUAAACCUAAAGCGUGAUCCCAUAAGAAAAUUAAGGAAUCAUAGAAUAAUUUACCUUUCAGAUCAAUUUAUUGAUAUGGGAAAAUUUUAUGACCAAAUAAGAUAACGUUACAAAGUGUAAAAUAUGUAAUUUUUAUUAUAUUAAAUUUGAAACUGAAAACAAAACUAGUGCUACCAAGAUUAGAAUUUGAAACAAGAAGUUAUCAUUUGAUGUACAAAAAUAUGUCCAAUUAAAUAUUUAUAAUUUUCAAAAUUCCAACCCUAUUCUCGAAUGCCUUAAUUUAUCACUUCAUGGUAUCUAGAUCUAAGGAGGAGUUAAUUUAGGAAGGAAAUAAUGUCUCUGCUCUAUAGAAAUGAUUUGUAAUUAGCAUCAUUUCCUAUAGAAGGCUUUCUAAAAAUUCCUAUGAAGCAAAAAUUAAAAGAUAACAUGAUAUUGGGGAUUUCAAAUAUGAAAUAAAAUUAUUGACAUCCCAGUGACUUCUAUUCAGUUGAAAGCAUUAUCAAAAUAAUUAUCUUAUAUAGAAAAUCAUCAUGCAUCUACCUACUUUAUACCCUGAAUUGAUUGCACUCAGAGGCCAGGGUAAAAUAACCAAUACACUUAUACUUAUUUCUACAAUUUCUAAACCUAUUCCUUACAUAUCAAAUCUUAAGCCUAUUUUAUAUUAAGGUCUGUUCUAUAUAUGGUGAAAAUUUAUCACACCAGUGCAGAAGGCCAAGCUGAAUAGGUUUGUUAGGAGGAGGCCAGACUCCCAAUAAAGCUGGUUGUUGAUCAAA